CAUAGGAGGCGAAAAACAAGAACAAAAAAUAACGUUAACGUAUUACGUGGAUUUCAGCAGCGCCGCUGUAAGGUUACCUCCUCACUCCCAAUGUCCCCGAGAAGCGCAUCUGCGCAAAUGCCAAACCAUCGAUCCAGCAGGUCGCCCGAUCGACGCAGGCCAGUAGAAAGAACAUCCCGAUUAUCUUUCCGUACUUUGUCGGUCACGGAUAAGUGGUAAAGACUAACCACUGGACUGACCCCUUUACUGAUAUCACAUCAUCAACAUAUUCCUAGAUCAAUCUAUCCCAAUUUCUGGUUUGGAGGACAGAGGACAUCAUCUUUUAGAGACUUCUGCAGCCUCCGUCCAAGGCACAACUUUUCUGGCAAUAAGUUCUCCUCUACAUUCCUCACUAUUGCUACUGGUUCAACUGUGCUCGAAUAGAGCAUGCUGCAGCAUUUCUGCCGCAGCAGCCAUUGAAACCAAUUGUCGGAAAAGCACUUUCGCCCAGUUUGAAAGCACCUUUCUCACUAUUUAUGCGCGAACAGUUGCUAUUUAUAGAAACCGGUGAGAGACCAGUACUCAAUGAUGAUAACGGCAAGUCCUCUCCAGCAGACUUUCAAGAUUACAUUUUUCUGAUUUGAUACAAUUUUUUUUCCGGCUGGAGUAAAAAAAGAAGUAGGGGAAGAAAUUUGGUUAAAAUAAAUUUUUCGUAUUUGAAUGGUGCUUGCAGUUUGGCGCUGGAAGUGGCAUUGCAGAAGAAGCAUCAGAAGGAAGCGAGCAAAGUGGGCAAGAAUGACUCCUAAAUCCGUUGAAGUGUUCUUGACUCGAAGCUGUUACGGUCGUCGUUGUGGACUGUUGUUCUUUUCUCUUUUUUAUCCUAUCUGUUAGUUGAAGUGAAUUUUUGCUCAUACACUGCCCUUUUACACUCGCUAUUGCAAGCUGAAGAAAUUUAAACAUACCAAUAAAAAGCUCACGAUUCAUCGCUAUGAUGUGCUGGAUCUACAUUGUACAAGUGUUCUUUUUUAUUAGUAGCCUGUUAAAAGGCUUCCACUGCCAACAACAAUAUAUUCGUGCUCGUCCAAACGACACAGAGAUAGCAACAAGCCAAAAUGUCGAGUUUCAGUGCCACGUUGCCAACAAAGAUGGACCUGUACAGUGGAACAAAGAAGGGAUAGUUUUAAUCCCUCCUCAAACAUUAUCGAUUAAUGACUUGCCUCCAGGAAACAACAUAGAAGUUCGGCAAGGGGACAAAGUAGUUCUUUAUUGCAAAGCAGUUGGUAGUAAACCUCCUACACAACUAGUUUGGUACAAAAAUGAUAACGAACUCUUUGAUGAGGAUGCCCAAAUGUCUUUUGACGAAGACAAACACCGCCGGUACACGACAACCAGCUCAAUUACUCUCUACCCGGGUGUGGACGACAAUGGUGCUAUCUAUUCAUGUGAAGCUCGUCACCCGGCUCUCGAGAGGUACCUCAGGUGCUCCGUCGCCAUAAAUGUACUGCAUGCUCCGGGUAUUCCUCAAAUAGAGGGAUACAUUGAGGGUGACGUCGUAACAUCAGGUGACACAUUAACUCUAGCAUGCAUAACACGAGGAGGUAAUCCACCACCACAUCUCAUAUGGAAACGAGGGAAUGUGCAAGUGGACGCAACAUAUACAGUCAGUGGUCACGUGACUACUAACAUACACACAUUUAGAGUUGAUGCGUCCGACAACAAUGGUGUCUAUCGUUGUGAGGCUUCCAGUAUCAUGACAAAAGAGCCAAUCGCUGCCUCAGUAAAGCUGAGUGUUCACUUUCCUCCUUCCAAUGUAAAGCUGAUAGGACCUUUAGUAGCAAAGAAAUCAGAUACAGUUACGAUGACGUGCUCAACUGAGGCUAGCAAUCCUCCGUCCCAGAUCACGUGGGUUGUUGAUGGUUCAAGGGUGGUGGGUGGAGAGUCAGUCACAAACAGAGUGGCUGAUGGAUGGGUUACUGCUUCCAAUCUAACCAUCACUCUCACUAGGCAGGAUCCAGAUGUGAAAUCGUUUUCGUGUUAUGCUGAGAAUCCACCGGUGCGGAAGAAGACAUUUCGAACGCACAAGUUAACAGUAACCUCAGAUCCGCCUCAACCACCAACGAUUCUGGGUUAUGAAGAAGGACAACCACUGAAAGUUGGAGAGCUGCAGACCUUCAACUGCGUCUCCCUGGGGGGUAAUCCACCAGCAUCACUCAAAUGGUUCAGAGGUGACAGGGAGAUAAGCACACCGACUGUAAAAACUGGAAGCGGCGUUUCCAGUGAACUCGUCAUCAGGGUGGAUCCCAGUGAUAAUGGUAUGCUCUACAAAUGUGAGGCUAAUAACACUGCCACUCAGCUACCACUGGUUGCCUUCAUUAAAACAGUCGUAUUUUUUCCACCUUCAAAUGUAACUAUCACUUUGAAACCUUGUGAUCCUAAAGCUGGAGAUGAGGUAACGUUAACAUGCUUAUCAAGUGGCAGUAAUCCAUUAGCACGAAUCACAUGGAAGAGAGAUGGACGUCAUGUACGAGACCAUACAGAAGAAACUCUAAGCGCUGAUUUUGGUGCUAUUUCAACGAGGAGUGUUUUAACAUUCCCCGUCACGUCUGCAGAUGACAAAACUAUAUUUGAAUGUAAAGCAAAGAGCGAUGAUCUUCCAGCUGUCAUUACCAACGUUACCAUAAGAGUGAGGCACAAACCAGAGUUUCCAGAACCUUAUCAAAGGGUGGACGUAGCCGAAGGUACAAACGCAACAGUGAAUAUCAGUGUCAAUGCUUAUCCUGACGUGGCAUGGUUUUCAUGGACAAGGGAUUCUUCGUUGAUCCCUCCGAUGUCAGAAAUGGAUGAUCAUCUACACCGAGUUAUGUCUUCCGGGCCUGUACUCUACAUAUUGAACGUGGCGAGAAAAGACGCUGGCACCUACAUUUGUAUGGCUGAAAACGAAGAAGGAACUUCAAAUGCAACUAUAAUUUUGAACGUGCAAUAUCCUGCUGUUGUGACGAACAUUACUACAAGGGUGCUUGUUGCUGAAGGCGAGAAUGCAUACUUUGAGUGCAGCAUAUCAGCCAAUCCAAUAAUCCCGGAUAUGAUACGCUGGAGCACGAAAGGCGGGGCGAUCAUUUUAAGAGAAAAUCAGCAAUUUACUGAAAAUGGUCGGUCUUUACUGACACUUUUCAAUGUCUCCAAACAAGAUUCGGGUACUCUGGAAUGCGAAGCUUUUAAUGGAAUUGGUGAACCCGAUAUAAAAAUAGCUCAUUUGAUUGUGCAAUACAAACCCACAAUUGUUCGAAAUCUCGUUAACCCUAAAGUAGCCACCGAACUCUCAUCAACUGUUGAGCUUCGGUGCAUUGCCCUUGGAGACGGCAAUGUCACUUUCGUCUGGUCUUUCAAUAGCACAGUCAUCAUACAGGGUCUCGAUAUCGGACGCUAUAACAUACGUGCGGCCGAGGCUGGAGAUCUGCAGUGGUGUAGCGUUCUUACAAUUAAGCGUGUAAGGCCAGACGACUAUGGAGAAUACACCUGCGUCGCGAAAAAUCAUCUAGGUUAUGAUUUCGUGAAAUUUUCUCUUAGCAAAAAAGGUAAAAGAAGAAGGUUCAUCCCAGGUUUCGUAACACUUUCAUUCUAUUGUCUUUUCUUAUACUCUUCAAAGUGUUUUAUAGGGAGCAAAAAAAUAAUUGUUUCUGGAAGAAUAGAUACUUUUGUUUUUUCAGGAGCUCCUGAGCCACCAAAGGAAUUGAAAGCUAUGAACGAAUCCACCGAUUCAAUCACUUUAGUUUGGUCUCCUGGUUUUGAUGGUGGAUCUGAUCAAAACUUUCGAAUUCGGUUCAAAAAAUCCGACGCCUCAACGUAUAAUUACAAAGAAGCGCCAACAAAUACUACUUCCGUCACAAUUACUGGUCUCGAACCAGGUGCACAGUACGACUUUUUCAUUGCUGCUUACAACAACAUUGGUGAAAGUGCCUAUGCAGAAAAUGUUUUGACAGUUUCUACACGCGAAGUGAAGGUGGAAGUUACAACAAAAAAGCCAAAGACUUUCGCCGAGAAGGAAAUUGAACGAAAAAGAGGAACAAAAAUGUGGCUUAUAACUUCCAUUUUAGGAGGAGUAUCUUUUGUAGUAUCUUGUAUAAUGUGCGUUUGCUUCGUAUGGAAGAAGUGUUCUCUUAUCACAUCUGAAGUGAUCAUCCCAAUUGCUCAACUACAGGCAGCUCAGGAAGAAGCCUUCUCAGAAGUUGCUCAAAAUCGCCUUUUAAUACAACCAGAGCCAAAACAAACAGCUCCUUUACAGGUUGGAAUUCAGAAUGAAACUACCCAAGAGCAAGUGCAACUCAGAGAUAUUCAGCAAGCAGAGCAAAGAGCACCUAGCUGGGAGGAAACAGCUCGUAAUGAGUAUAACAGAACAAGAUCAUUGAGUUUCGAUAGAAAGUGCUAUGAAGAAGGAGCAGUAAAAGAAAUUGUUGGCUCUGUCAAUAAUCUUCAAGCAACUGCAACAGCGGAACCCGCUAAGAAACCUGAAGAAACCCCGAAGUGCCUUGGUGAGACGAAGGUAAAAACAAAGGGGUCAGACAUCCGAAUCCGUCGAAAAAAAAAGGCUGUUGAAUUUCAAUUCCAGGAGCCAUCCGAUUUGUCGUCAUCUCCUCGCUCAACAAGCCCUGAAAGCCCACGCUAUUCAUCGACCACAUCUUCGGAGUCCUCUGAUACAAGGAGCUCAGUGUAUCACGAGAAAACAUCGCUCCAUUCCCUGCACUCGUUGCAUUCUUUGCGCUCUUUGCAUUCUUUGCAUUCGCUCAGGAGUACUCUUUCACUUUCCAGGAGCGCAAAUCUUAGGGGUGAAGGGAAAGUCAUUAUCGUGCCAGAAUCUCGAGGUCUGGAAUACAUAACAGUGAAGCAUUCACAUCCCAUUGUGCUCAUUAAUAUUGAAAGCGCUGCAAGUUGCCAUCAUUUGCCUAUGCCGCCGGAAACAUGACAGCGGGCUCAAACUUUAGCUUUAGAUUUAUCAGGUAUGUCAUCAUCAGCGUGUCCCGUCCCUGAAAGACAGCUCACAUUGCGUUUCACUUGAGUGAUUAUCCUAUAGCCACUCCACUCUUUUUAGCCUUCGGUGUCUGCUCUAAUGGGCCUAACAUCGAAAGAAAAUCUAUCCCAAAAUAAGUGCCUCUGUAUACGAGUAUUACACCAGUUAUACUUUGGUGGGAAAAAUGUCGUAGUGGAAUUGAUAUGGAUUUGACUACAGUGGAGGCUUUGCAAUCACCAGUCACCAUGAUCGGCUCAAAUACUGGUGCAUACUACAUAUAUUAAAGAAUUACUUGCAAGUAUUUAUGCAUAAGUCAAAUACAUCAUUAGACGCUAAGAUGCAUUUGAAAUAGUGAAGAACAAUUUACACGAUACAAUUUACUUCAUUAAGAUGUAAAUUUAGUAGAGAGACAACCUUAAUUUGUAUCAAUUUUAAAUAGGAGUAAUAAGAAAUUGUGUAUAUUGAUAUAUAUGGUUCCAAACUCUUUUAAUUGUAUAAUUUUUUGAAAAUGUUCCUACGUGAAAGUUGACUCUAAUGUUAUUUUUUAAAGAAACUAUGCGUUGAUGUGUACGUAUAGUCUUUUUGCAUAAAAAAAACUAUACGUUGAAUUGUACGUGUAGUUAUUUUCUUUAAAAAAAACUAUACGCGGA